AUGAGUAGCAAUAACUCUCCAUCAUCACCACCAUCUUCAACAACCGCCGAAACAACCAGCAACAGCGGAAAUACUAACAACACAAAUAGUGUUGAUUCUCCAUCCGGUCUUCGUCAUAGAAUAUUUGCUGGUAAUCUUGAUUUUAAAACCACAAAGGAACAGCUGUAUGAAGCCUUCUCCAAGUGUGGUAAAAUCGUGGAUGAAAUUCGUCUUCAUCCAGGCUAUGCGUUCAUUCAAUUCGAUAAUGAAGAGAGCUGUUUAAAGGCCAUCGCAACUUUAUCUGGUACUCAACUCUGUUCGAAAAGAAUAGAUGUCCAAAUGGCAAAAGGUCCAAACAAUUCUCAAAAGAAGAACCAGGACAACAAGAGAAAACUAGAUUCUAGGGACAGAGAUGGACGAAGAGACGGUAAAGAUAGAAACAAUGAUCGAAAUCGAGAUGGACGUAAUAACAACAAAAAAACCAAACGGGAUCACAUCGGAAACGUUUCAUCAAACACUGCACUAGGCAUGGAUUCGAAUCAACAACGUUCUUUGAGUGUUAACCCACUCCUUUCAACCGUACCAACCAUAUCUCCAUAUUCCACUGCUAGUAGUGCAACAUCUGUGCCCAUUUACAUUCCCAAUCAAUCACUCGAGAAGUAUGCAAACUUUGUGUUGCAAACUCUAAAAUCGAACGGACUUAUGUAUUAUAAUGUUCACAUUCGUAAUACUAAUCAAGGAGAGUAUUUCUUUGCUACUCCUCAAUUCUUCCAAAUGAUCGCCAAUGAAAGAUACGUCAUAUGUGUCACAGCAAGACACGAGGAAGCAAAGAAUAUUGUUUCUUUCAAGGCCAUCAUGCAAGAUGGAACAUCGCCAGGCUUUGCUGAUACAUCGAUCACUGACGUAUGCUCUUUCAUUCUUAAUUCUUCACAAACACCUGUCGUGGUGCCAUCUGUCUAUCAGCAAUACAAUCAACAAUUUCCAACAACUUUGAACACUCAACCAUCGACACUUGCUUUCCCAGGUACUGUCGGAAUGCAACCAGCCAUGUUGAGCAAUACUUUACCUUCUUUACAACAACAGCCACUUCCAUCAACAUCUUUUAACACAGGCAACAACACGAGCAAUAGAUCGAAUCAACAAGGAUAUCACAACAACAACAGAUCCAAUCGACAAAACAACAAUCGUCAAAGAAAUGAUAACUUCCGAAACAACAAUCGAUCCGAUAGAGGCAACAACAAUAACACCUCAAGCCACAACAGCGGAAUGAGCAACACGAAUAACACAUCACAACCUCCAGCCAAUGCUUCAGAUGUACAAGGCAUUAUCCUUGCCCUAUUGGACAAUAUCAACAGUAAGAAACAAGAGGCCAGCUCAGCAUCGUCUCCAACCGGAAUUAUGGAAUCCUCUUCAGCCUCCACCACCGAACACUAG